UAUAGUUUCUGAAAUUAGGGUACAGUACAAAUGUCUAAAUAUUCUUAGAUAUACUUACAUCUACAUAUUAUUGUGCUCUACAGAAUCUGUUUUUCUCCAACAAAUAUAAUGUGUAACAUACCCAUCACUCACCAUAUUUAUCAUAUAUAUAUAUAUAUAUAUAUAUCAUAUCAUAUCAUAUUCUAUCAUAUUUUUCAGCCUACCCAUAUGAGUUUCAUGUUUGACAUAACAGAAAUGUAAAAUCAAAAUAAUAUAGCCACAUUAUUAUCCUCCGUGGCACCUCCUCUGUGCCAAAUGAAAUGAUAAGAAACCACAGACACACCACAGGCUUUGACUCCAGGGAGCCCUUAAAAUGUGAAACACUGACAAUCUACAAAAAAAGGACAAACUUUAUUGCUGUCAUUUAAAUGUCUGUACAUCUGAAAACGAUUAUAAAAACAGUGACCUUACAGUAGCACUUCUUUGGAUAAUACUAACGUAAAAAUUACAUUGUAUUAAGAGACAAUAGAUAGGCAAACUAAACCACUCCCUGACAGCACUCACUGGCCAAUGAGAGGGUGAAGGAGGGCAUGUGUGCAUAGAGUAUAAGAGAGGUGACAUCCAGGUGGAACAUCACACAGGUGAGCAUUCACAUUCUGACAUCUCCGCCUCUUAAUGCCUGAGGAUAUUACUUUACUGUACCGCACUCAGGAGUACGCCUUUGACCUAGAAAGGUACAUCUAUCUUUGCUGUGCUUAUUCACUCAAGUCAGGUUAUUUUUUGUCUUUUCUUUUCAUAUGAUGGUGUCUGAUAAGUUAGAGAAGUGGUCUAGAGUUUGUGUGUGACAGCCUCUUUCACUUCUCAGUUCAUGUUUGUCAAAGUUUUGACCUUUGGUUCUAGCAACUGAUGAGGUCGUCUUCUCUUUCCAGAUCGUCCUUUUAGUAUGCUGACAGAAAUCGAGACGAUGGCUUAUGCAACCGAGAUCAAGCUAAGUGGAGGCAGGGGGGCCUGGAGUGGAGUGGCUCCUUCCUCCUGCCCUGAGGUUGACCUGGAAGUCAUCGAGGAGUACCUACAGGAGCAUUCACUGGAGGUCCAGCCUGCACAGACGCCUGCAUCACCUCUGCCCUCAAUGGGGCAACACAUACACUCCCACCAAGGCACCAGAAUUAUAGAGAAUAGUUGGUCAGGUCAGCAUGCUUAUGAGUGGCACUGUGGCCCUCACAGUGAGGAAUACAGACAGCAGCCUGCAGCCUGGCCUAGUCCCCAUGACAACCAAUGGGGACACAUAGCAUAUUCCGAUGAGGCAUCUGGAUACAUUGACUCAGAUUCCCAGUCUAGUAGCUCCCAGUACCAGGAUUCGCCAUCACCAUCCUCUGACACAGGGAGCAGGAAGGACAGAGAUCCCCUGCCUCUUGCACCACUGUCAGGAAAGAGGAAGGAGCGGCUGUUCCAGUUCCUGUUUGAGAUGCUUCAGACGCCAUCGAUGCGUAGCUGCAUCUGGUGGGUCCAGUCCUCCUCUGGCACAUUUCAGUUCUCUUCCCAAAACAAGGAGAGCCUGGCCCAGCUGUGGGGUCGGCGAAAGGGGAAUCGCAAGCCCAUGACGUACCAGAAGAUGGCACGGGCUCUAAGGAACUACUCUCGCACAGGCGAGAUUCACAAAGUUAAACGGAAGCUCACCUACCGCUUUGAUGAGAAGACGCUAAAAUGUCUACAGGGAGACUCAAAUACAAUGUAGAAACAAUGACUGAGAAUCUAUAUUAGCAUAGA